AUGGGAACGGUGCACGUUAUCGACCUGAGAAGUGGCAAUCUACAAUCAAUAUCGAAUGCGAUUGAACACCUAGGUUAUAAAGUUAGAAUUGUGACCAGUGCACAAGAUGCCGAGUUGGAAAGGGCCGAGAAGUUAAUCCUUCCAGGUGUUGGUAAUUUUGGUCAUUUUAUUGACAAUAUGAACAAAUAUGGGUUUUUGGAGCCUAUAAAAGAUUAUAUUACGUCGGGCAGGCUAAUCAUGGGCAUAUGUGUUGGGUUGCAGGCGUUGUUUAGUUCUUCUGAGGAAUCUGCAGGGUGCAGAGGGUUGGAUUUGAUUGAUAUCAGGUUGUGUAAAUUUAAAAGGAGCAAAAAGCCUGUUCCUCAGAUUGGAUGGAACAGUGUAAAUGCGGAUGAUGAUUUGUUCUUUGGGCUGGAUCCUUUGCAAAGGUAUUACUUUGUUCAUUCUUAUGCUGCUAUUUUGAAGUCGAAUGAGGAGCGGGAGUAUUUGCGUAAGCAGGGUUGGAAGUUUGCAACCGCUAGUUAUGGUGAGGAGGAAUUUGUUGCGGCUGUGUAUAAGGGCAAUGUGUUUGCUACGCAGUUUCAUCCUGAAAAGUCUGGUACAGCUGGUCUUGAGAUCAUUAGAAACUUCCUAAGACAACAGCAUCCUAUUGCGAAGCAUUCGGAGGAGGAUGCGGUGAAAAUAUCGAAUGAUCAUUCAAAUUAUGGCCUGAGCAGAAGAAUUAUUGCUUGUCUAGAUGUUCGUACUAAUGAUGAUGGUGAUUUGGUGGUAACCAAAGGUGAUCAAUAUGAUGUACGUGAGAAAUCUGUGACAGGCAAUGUGAGAAACUUGGGAAAGCCCGUAGAAUUAGCACAAAGAUAUUAUGAACAAGGUGCGGACGAAGUUACUUUCCUGAAUAUUACAAGUUAUAGAAACUGUCCUUUAAGGGACUCUCCCAUGUUAGAGGUAUUGAGGUUGGCUGCAAAGACGGUUUUCGUUCCUCUUACUGUCGGUGGUGGUAUUAAGGAUGUCUUAGAUGUUGAUGGGACUGCAGUUAGCGCGCUAGAUGUUGCGGCACUCUAUUUCAGAUCUGGUGCAGACAAAGUCUCUAUUGGCACUGAUGCGGUUUAUGCUGCUGAGAAGUAUUAUGCAUUAGGGGGUAAUGGAGAUGAAACGUCGCCCAUUGAAACAAUUUCUAAGGCAUAUGGUGUACAAGCUGUUGUCAUAUCAGUUGAUCCUAGAAAGAUUUACAUAAAUGGCCCAGCAGAUACAAAUAAUAAAGCAAUGAAGACCAGAUUUCCUAAUGAUAAGGGACAAACGUGGUGUUGGUACCAGUGCACCAUCAAAGGCGGUAGAGAAGCCCGUGAUAUUGGCGUUUGGGAACUCACUAGAGCCUGCGAGGCCCUUGGUGCAGGUGAAAUACUGCUGAACAGUAUCGAUAAAGAUGGAACUAAUUCUGGAUAUGAUUUGGAGUUAAUUGAACAUGUUAAGCAGGCGGUUAGUAUUCCAGUAAUAGCAUCUAGUGGUGCUGGCAUCCCUGAACAUUUCGAACAAGCAUUCAAGAAUACAGGUGUUGAUGCCUGUCUAGGUGCUGGAAUGUUUCAUAGGGGGGCAUAUACGGUACAUCAAGUGAAAGAAUACUUGUCUAGCAAGGGUCUUAAGGUUAGAAUCUGA